CGUAUUGUCGGAGGAUGCCACCCAGGCCCAGACAUUUGAGAGUUUGGCCAACACGUUCCACCAUUACUUCACAAACAAGCAGGAUAAUUUCAAAGUGGGACAAGCCAUUGUGUUGUUGUUACAGCAUCGUGACUUGCUGCCCCACCCCGCUCAGAAGUUGGCGGCCAUCUUUAUUCUGUAUGAAAUGUACAAGUCGGACGCUGUUGCUGCCAACCCUUUUGCUACCGUAUUCCUCAACUUGCUUCAAGAUCCUUCAGAGAGGAAAGAACAGAAUCCCUACGACAUGCAUUCGACCAUUCCUCCCGUCUCUGCUCCAGAGAGAUAUUUCCUGUCAAAUUUGAUCUCUGGAACGUCUAAAGAGAUGUUGAAGAAUACAGCUGCUCAGAUCCUCCACAUGGAUGUGUCGGGGAAAGCCCCGGUGGACAUCAGCCAGACACAGCUGUUUAUCGUGCAGAGACAGUCGGAGAUGCCACACACCAGUAAAAUGGCCAUGAGCUGCGUUGUAGCUGACCCGGAAACAAAACCUACCAGGCCUCUUAAUUUCAGCUUUGAACAAUUUGGGAAACCCAACAAGAUCAAUCCAGAUAUUCAGAGACAGACGGUGGAGUCUUUGCUGACCGGUCCGAAGUGUGCCGUGGACCACACACUCAGGCCUGAGUUUCUACGACUGGCACCACCCCUCCACAUAGCAGAGGAUGAGAUGGUGUGGAUGAUGCCAACGGACACUGAAUUCAACGUGGCAUGGGACACGACCAUGUGUAUGAACACGUCCACGGUGGUGGAGGUUCGACGCCUCAUGGCCAAGGCUUUCAAGAGUGUGCUCAGCCCUCAGCAGCAGCAGCAAAUCAAGACGGAGCUGGACACAGACAGCAAGCUUGUCUACAGUAUAGGACUGUCUCCAGCAAAGUUGCCUGAUUUAGUGGAGAAAAAUCCUUUAGUUGCCAUCGAGGUGCUGUUGAAAUUGAUGAACUCGACGCAGAUUACAGAUUAUUUCCAGGUGCUGGUCAACAUGGAAAUGUCUCUACACUCAAUGGAGGUAGUCAACAGAUUGACCACGCAAGUGGAGCUGCCCUCCGAGUUCAUCCAUCUGUACAUCUCUAACUGUAUCUCCACCUGUGAGACCAUCAAGAACCGCUACUUCCAGAACAGACUAGUGCGGCUCACCUGCGUCUUUCUGCAGUCGCUCAUCCGCAACAAGACCAUUGAUGUCAAGGAUAUUUUCAUUGAGGUUCAGGCAUUUUGCAUCGAGUUUGGUUCAAUCAGGGAGGCGGCUGCGUUGUUCCGACUACUCAAGUCUUUGGACAGUGAUAAAGAACCAGCCGGUGCAGGAAGAUGAAAACAAAGAUGAGAGACUGAACGCAGGGAGAAAGAACGUGUGUGUUUUUGCGUGUGUGUGUAUGGAGAGGUGGAGAGAGAGAGAGAGAGAGAGAGAGAGAGAGAGAGAGAGAAAGAGAGAGAGAGAGUCUUUAGAAGUGCAGGCUGACUGCCGUGUCAAAAUUCAUAAUCAUUUCUUACUCACCAAUAAAGAAAUGUUCUUGUCUGUAUCAAUGAUCAAGUUCCCUACUUAAAAGAACAGCACUGUUGGAAAACUAGGAUGCUGACAAUGUCUAAUUUUUGGGUGGUGACAACUUCUAAGCAUUGAUGGUGGCAUUGAGGAAAUGGAAUCUCUUCUCUUUUGAAACUAUAAACCUUAUUUAAUAACAAUGUCCAAAUUGGGCAUGGAGAGCCGAUUGUUGCAACUGCAUUAUUUGUGAUGGACAUCCCAAUAGCACUAUCAAUCUUGUUGCAUACUCAUAUUUAUUGGAUCUAGCUUUCACAGAAAACUCAGACUCGACGAAAUUGAAUGUUAGUGGACCCGACAAACUGGUUGUAGGAGAUGUAAAGCUUGCCAACUUUCUUGAAUUUUGUGGGACAUUUCGAAUUCAGCUAUUGAGAAUUUGAGUGGACAUUUUAGUUCACAGCACCAGGACCAGCCCCCACUUGAUGUAAUUUUUUUUCUGUUACAUAAUCUGAUGUUAUAACAUUGGUCAUCCCUGAUUGGGUUUUAAGAAAGUUGGCAGGCCUGUUGUAGUAAAGCUUGCCACUUGCAAUGUUGGUGACAGAAGUAAGUCUCCAUGGAGAGAGAGCUUUCCACUGCACAGGCCAAAAGCCACAGUGUAAACUGUUGUGGAGAAUUGGGUAAUGGGGUUUUCUCUCUUUUAUUUUACAUUAAUGGUUCUGUACAUUGAUAGUUCAAAUUUAUUACAUUUAUAUUAUUCAUUCUUUCUUUUGAUGUUGGGACAUUUUUUUUUUAAUACAGACUUUUAAAAUCAGAA